AUGGUCAGUGAUGGCCUGCAUCCAGAGGACAAUAACCCGAUCAGUCCAUUCCGCGACAACUCGACCUGCGGAGACGAUUCACACUUGAUUGACGAUGGGUCGAGCAUCUGUUCAACGAGUAGAUCUCGUGCUCGACAAUGGGGGAUCAAUCAACAAAUGGCGGUGGCAAAUGCUUCAGGUAACAUUUCCCGUCAUUUGAAACAGUUCUUUCAAUCACGCACGCGUUCGACCAGUAUUUCCCUACCAAGAGGAGUAGAAUGCGGAUAUUGCGACAAACCCAUGGCGGCAUACAACCGACGGGCGAAAGAUAUCCUAUUGACGAAGAAUAUGCUCUCGAUUCCCUUUACUCUUGUAGCGAUUCUAUUCUCCGUAUCCGAUAUUCCCCCGCUAGUGAUCUUUAUCUGGAAUUUGAUCGCUAUCGUGCCCUUGUCGAUAACGCUCACUCUUGCGACCGAACGACUUUCUCAAGAGCUAGGAGAAACUGCUGGUGCUUUGUUGAACAUUUCUAUUGGCAAUCUCGCCGAAUUAAUUAUUUUUGUUACGGCCCUUAUGAAAAACAACAUCAAAGUUGUACAAGCAUCACUUCUUGGUUCUAUCCUUGUCAACUUGUUGCUCGUUUUGGGUUCUGCUAUCAUCGCUGGAGGAUGGGCAUCUCAAGACCAAACCUACAAUAGUGACCUGACACAUGCCUUCGUCGGACUACUAAAUCUAACAGUAUCAUGUCUCAUGAUCCCAACCGCUUUCUACGGAAGCGUCAAAGACAUCAAAUCAGCCGAUCAUGAGGCCCUAUACUUCAGCAGAGGCGUAUCAAUUAUUCUCCUCUCCGUCUACUUCCUAUACCUCUUCUUCCAAUUCAAAUCCCACGCCCAUCUCUUCCGGUCUCGUCCCAUCGGUUUACACGCCCCUAGCCCAGAACCCGAGCGUCCUACCCGCCGAUCCAGAUCCUACGAUGACCUCUUCAUGGAUAUCGAAUCCCAAGAAUCAACCGAAUCCCUGAUCAACCGCCACAAACCCGAGAUGCAACAAAUACCCUCCGCCGGCCCCUCAUCUCCGCUAGACGAUAUCCGCCCGGAAUCCGCAUUACCCCUGGAUGACAUGGACACCGAAAGACCCCGCCAAUGGGACGCGCCUGUACAGGAACACCACUGCAAGAACCUCUCUCUCGCCAGUCGAGUCAUCUCAAUAGCAGUCCUUAUAACAUCAACGGUCUUGAUCGCGAUCUGUGCCGAGUUCUUCGCAUCAAGCUUUGGCGUCCUCAACGAGAAAGGCGUCCUAGGCGAAUCCUUUGUCGGACUGAUCGUCAUCCCGGUCGCAGGAAACGUCGCCGAGAAUGUCACGGCCGUUAUCGUCGCACACAAGAACCAGCUCGAUCUCGCGAUUAGCGUUGCGCUCGGUUCAGCGAUCCAGAUCGGUCUUUUAGUCGCUCCUGUCAUCGUUCUAGUCGCCUGGGCAUUGGACAAACCCAUGACUCUUCACUUCGAUCAUUUCGGGAUGGUGACGCUGGUCGGCUCCGCCCUACUGGUUAGUUUCCUUGUUUUGAAAGGAAAGACGAAUUACCUAGAAGGCGCAAUCUUGUGCGCCUGUUUUGCCGCUAUUUCGUAUGUUUCUCAUUCCUUCCCCAUUGGAUCUUGCUAA